CCUCACUCUCACUCUCACCCAUCCGGCGCCCCGAGAUAUUUUCACAUAACGCAUCGCCGCCUCACCAACUCACCAACAGGACCAUUAAUAUCUGCUGCGUUUCUCAGACUACAGCUUUAAUCCACACAAUGGCCACUACCCCGCUCCGCAUCGGCUACGUGCCAGAGCACUUCUCGACGCCCCUCCACUUCGCCAAGCAGUACUUCGGCCUCGACGCCACCCUGAUCCCCUUUCCCUCCGGGACGGGCCACAUGAUCACCGCCAUCCGCGGCGGCGAGAUCGAUGUCGCCAUCGGCCUGACAGAGGGCUGGAUCGCCGGCCUCGGCAAGGAGGACGCCCCCGGCGACGGCGGCUACCGCCUCGUCGGCACCUACGUCGACACGCCGCUGUGCUGGGCCAUCUCGACCGGCGCCCAGCGCCCCGAGAUCGCCUCCGUCGCCUCCCUCAAGGGCGGCAAGAUCGGCGUCUCGCGCAUCGGCUCCGGCAGCCAGAUCAUGGGCUUCGUCCUCGCCGACCAGCACGGCUGGCUUGCCCCGGAUGCGGGCGCGCCCUUCUCGGAGACGGUCAUCCUCAACACCUUUGAGAACCUGCGCAACGCCGUCAACUCGGGCGCCGCCGACUUCUUCAUGUGGGAGCACUUCACCUCGAAGCGCUACUACGACUCGGGCGAGAUCAGCCGCGUCGGCGAGAUCUACACGCCCUGGAGCAGCUGGAAGAUCGUCGCGUCGACGGCGCUGGCCGGCGGCAAGGCCGGGCUGGACGCGCGCGUGCGGGACCUGUUCGAGAAGCUCGACAAGGGCGUGCGGCACUUCAACAAGAACCAGGACGAGGCCGUCAAGUACAUCAGCACGCACCUGGACUACUCCGAGGCCGACGCGCGGGAGUGGCUCAAGACGGUCAAGUUCACCGACGGCGUCGAGGGCGUGAAGCCCGAGGUCGUGGACAAGACCGUCGCCAUCCUGCGCAAGGCCGGCGUGCUGGUCGAGGGCAAGGGGAGGCAGGCGGAGGACAUGGUGGUCAGGGGCUGAGGACCAAAAAGACUGACAGUCGUCGUGCAAGGAAUCGAUGGUCCAACGUGACGAGAAGCAUUACAGAAUCAAGUAAAACAAGGCGAAAAACGAAGGGAAAAAGAGUCAAAAGAGUAGGCCGCGGAGAAGCCGCGGUCCCCGGAUGCUUGAAUUUUGAAUUCGCCCGUACUCCUGGAAAAAGCCCAAGUCAAGUCCCGACAAUGAUGCUAGGGUAUCUGCCAUUCCCAUCAUUCCCUUUUAAGAUCUUGCUACCUCCAUCCAUCUGCUCUGCCUCGUCGUCCGCCACCUCUCGUCUGCC